UUAUGAAAGUGGUCUAUGUGAUCGUCAGUUUUCCAUUUUAAUCGACCGGUGGCUGAUAAAUCUUGGAGUAUUGUAGGAAAGAAAUAAUUUUAAAGUUAGAAAGAUAUGGCAUUUUCCAUAUAUGACCUCAGACCUUGUUCAUAUUUCCUUUUACUUCUGUAAACCCUAACCUCAACCGUCGUCUCAUCAAAACUGCAAUAACGCUAACACUUUCACAUUUUGUGAUCUGCAUUUUCUUCUGUUUAAUACUGUAGUUAAACCGGAUCAACCCCAAAAUAUGGUAAAAAAAGAGGUGUUCUUUGACGAGCAGAACAAACCAAACAUCAAAGUAAUGUGGAAACCUCCGAUUUAUGAUGGUGGAGCGGCAAUCACACAUUACCAUGUUGAACACAAAACCGUGAAAACAGAAUGGAGCCGAUCAGUGAAGUCUUCUGUUAAAGACACGGAAUAUACAUUUCGAGUUGAUAAAUCAGAAACAUACACAGUCCGAGCAAGGGCAGUGAACAAACUGGGUGUAGGGAAACCGGCAGCAAUAACAGUAAAGUUCACAGCGGAUGAUGUGAAAAAUCUUGCAAAAGCAAAGAACUCUACCUCAUCGACAACUUCUGCAUCCUUUGUGGUGAUUCUUCUGUUUUUAAUGUCGAACCCUUUAGCGUAGUUUGGCAAGUGCAGAGGAAAAAGACGUUUUAUAGGGAAUGAUAAAUGUAGAUAUGGAGGCCGUAAAUCAUUCUCCGUUGCAUGAGUUAACCAUGAGAAGAAAUGCAGUAAUAGAAAACGAAGCUUUCCUCCGGGAACAGAGAAUACCGCGUUUUCCGGGUUGAAGACAGUUAGACUCCAUGGAAAUACGGUUUGUGUUGCAUUGAUGUUGAGAAAAUGUGUUUAUAUUUCUUUCAAAUCGUCAUCACCAGACAAGAGAGGAUUGACUAACGCGACUGAAUCUUCCAUACGGACCUGGCCUUUAUGGACCUUGAUUCCUUGGAUCUUAUUUGUGAGGUUGUUAUUCCUUAGGUCCUUAUUCCUUAUAUCCUUAUUUCGUAGGUCCUUAUUCCUAACGAUCUUAUUCCUUAGGUCCUGAUUGGUUAGGUCCUCAUUCUUUAGGUCCUUAUUCCUAACGAUCUUAUUCCUUAGGUCCUGAUUGGUUAGGUCCUCAUUCUUUAGGUCCUUAUUCCUAACGAUCUUAUUCCUUAGGUCCUGAUUGGUUAGGUCCUCAUUCUUUAGGUCCUUAUUCCUAACGAUCUUAUUCCUUAGGUCCUGAUUGGUUAGGUCCU